UUUUCCAAGGGUUACCGAGGGCCUUUUUAUUAUUUCCUCCUGUCUGAAUUCAUAGCCAGCAAAGCGCCAGCAGUUGUUACAGCCAUGGCUCCAUCGUCCAACGUCUCUUCGCCGCGGGUCGAGAACCCUGCCGGCAAGCCGAUUCUCGUGCUGAAGUUUGGUGGAACGAGCGUCGGCAAGUUCAUCCAGAACAUCUGCGGCCAGAUCAUUCCGAAUCUCCUCAAAACACACCGCGUUGUUGUCGUCUGCUCGGCACGCAGCACCGACGUCAAGGCUAAGGGCACCACCACGCGCCUGGUCAAGGCCGCCGACGCUGUGCUGGGUGACGCGAGCGUUGACCACCAGCAGAUCGUACAAGACAUCCUGGAUGACCACAUCGAGGCCUCGCGCGAGAACAUCACAGACCCUGAGAUCCGGGACCAGCUGGAGAAGAGCCUAACCGAGGUGUGCCACCGCUUGAAGGUGUUCCUAGAGGCAGCCGAGGUCAUCAACGAGGUGUCGCCCAAGUCAAAGGACGUCAUUAUUGGAACCGGUGAGAAGCUUGCGUGUGAAUACGUCGCAUCAGUCCUGCAGGACAAGGGCGUCGACGCUGCCUACGUCAACCUGGAGAAGGCUGUGGACCGGCACUUUGACUCGGGCCACCUGGACCAGACAUUCUACGACUACCUGGCGCAGCGCUUUGCCGAGAUUGUAAAUGACUGCGGCAACCGCGUUCCGGUCGUCACCGGCUACUUUGGCCCGUGCCCCGGCAGUAUCCUGUACAGCAUUGGCCGCGGCUACACUGAUCUGACUGCUGCACUGAUCGCCGUUGGGGUUGGCGCACAGGAAUUGCAGGUGUGGAAGGAAGUCGAUGGCAUCUUUACAGCAGAUCCUCGCAAGGUGCCGUCGGCACGAUUGCUGAAGAUCAUCACGCCUGAGGAGGCCGCUGAGCUGACCUUCUACGGCUCGGAGGUCAUCCACCCAUUCACCAUGGAGCAGGUCAUCCGCGCAUCGAUUCCGAUCCGCAUCAAGAAUGUGCAGAGCCCGGCCGGUGCCGGCACUGUGAUCUUCCCCGACCUGCUGUCACGGCCGACAAGCGGUCUGGCGACCAGCGAGACGUCACCGACUGUGCACACACCCGAGAUGCUGCUGGAGAACGGCUACAUGCUGGAUCUCUCGCGGCGGCAUCCGACAGCUGUAACCAUCAAGGACGACAUCAUUGUGCUUAACAUCCACUCGAACCGCAAGAGCGUGUCGCACGGCUUCUUUGCGCGCAUCUUCUCGAUCCUCGACAAGUACGGCGUCAGCGUCGACCUGAUUUCGACGUCCGAGGUGCACGUGUCGAUGGCGCUGUCGGCAUCAGUCAUUGAGCGCAACCUGCAGCCUGCCAUCCAGGAGCUGAGCCGCCUGGGAACCGUCGACAUCAUGCGGAAUAUGGCCAUUCUCUCGCUGGUCGGCAAGCAGAUGCGCAACAUGGUUGGAAUUGCCGGUAGCAUGUUCCAGACCCUGGCCAAGGCUGGCGUCAACAUCGAAAUGAUCAGUCAGGGUGCGUCGGAGAUCAACAUCAGCUGUGUCAUUGACAACGCCCGGUCGGCUGUUGCGCUGCGCGCCAUCCACGAGAACCUGCUUUCGGGCGUCAAGACAAAUCUGAUGCACGACCCCGAGGUCAUCCGCGAGCUGCAGAAGCGCGGGCUCACCACUGGCCUCCACACCACCAUGAGCGAGCUCUCAUUAGAUUCCCUGACAAAGAAGCACUAAAUAUAUUUGAA